CCGGCCGCGUUCCCCUCCGCCCUCUUGAGAACUGGCCUCCUGCAAGUCCUAAUUUCAUCCCGAAGGCAGCUCCGGCUUGGGUCUGAAGUUCUCUGAUGGGUACAGAUGAUGCUCGAAUUUCUUCGAUACUCUCACAACUGGGAGUUCGGCCUAAGGUCCUGGCUAUGGCUGUGGCUACCAUUGUGCAUGACACAUCUGAGGCGGUGGAGCUUUGCCCCUCCCAUGGCCUGUACCUGAAGCCCAUCAGCAAGAUGAGUAUCAGCGUGGCCCUCCCACAGCUGCAGCAGCCUGGGAAGUCCAUCUCCAACUGGGAGGUGAUGGAGCGGCUCAAGGACAUGGUGCACCAUCACCAGUUCUCCACACUGCGCAUCUCCAAGAGCACCAUGGACUUCAUCCGCUUUGAGGGGGAGGUGGAGAACAAGAGCCUGGUUGAGUCAUUCCUAGCCUGCCUGGAUGGCAAGACCAUCAAGCUCAGUGGCUCCCCUGACAUCCUGAAGGUGCACGCCACUGAGUUCAAGAUGGAUGUCCCCCCCACCUGCGGUGACUGGGACUUCUUCCUCAAUGCAAAGGAAAGGAAUGAGACGCUGCCAAGGGAAUGGCCGGACACCAUCCACCUACAGGGGCUGCCCUGCAAGUGGUUCGCCCAGAAGGAGUCAGGCUCGGAGAAGCCUAGCCAGGAGGUACUUGUCAAGGUGUUCAAGAAGUUUGGGGAGAUUAGGAAUGUGGACAUCCCCAUGCUGGACCCCUACCGAGAGGAGAUGACUAGUCGGAAUUUCCAUGUGUUCGGUUUUGGAGGACACUUAAACUUUGAGGCCUACAUACAGUACUGCGAGUAUGGGGGCUUCCUCCAGGCCAUGAGGGCCUUGCAGGGGGUGAAGCUGAUGUACAAAGGGAAAGACGGUAAGGCUGUGGCUUGUAAUAUCAAAGUUUCUUUUGAUUCCACCAAACACCUAGGAGAGGCUUCGAUUAAAAAACGACAGCUGGAGAGGCAGAAGCUUCAAGAGCUGGAGAAGCAGCGAGAACAGAAGCGCAGAGAGAAGGAAGUAGAAGAGAGGCUUCGGGUGAAGGAAAGGAAACAGAAGGAGCUGGAAGAACUGGAGAGAGAGAGGAAGAGGGAAGAGAAGCUUCACAAGAGACAACAAAAGCAGAGGGACUUCGAGUUCCGGCGGAGUCAGAAGCAGCUGGAGAAGCUUCAAGUGGAAGAGCAGAAAAAGCUCCAGAAGAUAAAGCUGGAGGAGAGGAAGCUGCUGCUGGUACAAAGGGACCUCCAGUCCAUCCGGCUUCUGGUGGAGCUGCUGAGGAGAGCAAAGGCUGCAAAGCUGCAGAAACAGCAGCAGCAGGAGAAGCUGAGGCAGGUGGAGAAGGUGCACAAGAUGCAGGUGCAGCACCUGAGCACCCUGCAGUGCAAGAAGCCCCAUGAUAUGCAAGUGCACAAAGAUCCUCAGCAGCCCUUAGACGCAGCUAUGCUGUACCCCCUUGGGGGCCCACUACCCCCCAGAACCUCCAAGGAGGCCCUGCCCCACAUGGAGGUUGCCUGCACACCCAGGAACGUACAAAACAGCAUAAUAGACAAGGUUGGGUGCAAGGAGGCUCACAUUCCAGUCUGUGUGGGUCUGGAGGGUGACUCCCUGGAGAGGAGGUACCCAGGGGUCCUUGCCUGCAUCCCCAAGGGCAACCAGCAGGCCAAGGAUGUCCCCACCUGUGACCACAACGUACUCAAUAAGGAGGACCGGUUGAAGCACGUCAAGAGUAACUGGGAGCCCAGCAAAGGCCACAUGCAGGUCACACACAACAGGAGCGCCGAGGAGGAACAGCAUGCACCAGACAGGAGCUGGGCCAGAACCGCAGCAAGAUGUGAAGACUUGAGGCUGCAGGGCAAGGAGCAGCAGCCAUGCCAGAAGCUCUCCCACAGGGACCAGGGUAGCCCCUGGCCACGCCCGCAGAGGUCCCACAGCAAAGGCAGGCACAGCCGCAGGGAGAGGAGCAGGGGGUGCAGCCACCACCAUGAGAGUAACUCCCAGUCUGCUAGCAGCCACCACAGAACCAGGAACAAGUAAUGAAGGGCUGGGCCUCCCCAAGGUCGCUGCCCUGCGUCCUGUGGCUCUUGCCUGCUUGUGUGAAGCCAAGCUUCUUAUGCAGCUAAAUGUCCCAGGAACCUGAGCCCACAGUUCACAGGAAAAUAGGGUGCUAGAAAUUUACUCUCAUUAGCACACAAGGCCACAUCUGGCACCUCAAUUCCAGACAUGUCACUAUUUUUCAUUUUCCUUUGAAACUGUUGGUCAGGAAAUGUGGCCUGUCCUCUAAUCAGGAAAACCACAAAGACUCGUAAUGUUAAGAAUGGCAGACCCGUCAUGCAGACUACAAAACAGAAUUUGUGUGCGCCAGGCCAGGCCAGCAGUGUCAUCAUGUCCUGAAGCUGGAAGUGGGAGGGACUGUCACAAGUGAGAGCACCCACAGACUCUCAUGGUCCAAGGUGGGAAAAUGCCUUGCUAUGGUGGGCUUUUUCUGUUUUUCUCCCCUUUGUGUAAUUUUUAAAUGACUGGUGCAAUGCAAAGAGAAGAUGAUUGCGGCACAUUCAGUCCUGGUUAAGAAAGUGGAGAACUCAAACGUGCCCUACGUCGAGUGGUGUGAUGCUCCCUGACUUGCAAACAUUCACUUUUUACAACUUCAAGUGUAACAAAGCAUAAAAAGGUUGAUUAAAAGCUUUAGUUUGUAGGAACGGUUAGUGUGUAUGGUAUUUUUAUAAGAAGCUGUUUUUACUAAAUUAUUUCUACUUGGAAUGUUUCCAAAAGAUUUAAGCCUGUAAACUUAUUAAAUUUUAAUUGUUUACAUCUCAAAAGUGAGGCUCAGGGAUACUUAAAGCUGGCUGUACACAUUUCUAUUAGGAGACAUUUAUUCCAGGUUGCAUUUUUAUGGUGAAAUAAAAUCCUUUUCCAAUGGGAAAUAAAAACCUACUUUUAAGGCAGAAGUACAGAUAAUUCUAAUUUCUUUGUAUAUUUCUAGAAGAAAAUCUAAAACACCAGGUAAUUAAAUAUUAAAAUGUUGCAGUUUGAAGGAACUUUUAUUGGGGGGGAGGGUUGAGCAAAAGGAAAGGACCGACUCGAGGAGAGAAAAUGACAGUAGCAAAACUGAGAUACGCAUUGAUGGAAAAGUAUAAAAUUAAUUUGGAAAGAGUAUGGCAUAGAGGAAAUUUUAAAAAAGAUAGUAUGUUGAGUUAGAAAAAAAAUAAAUAAACAUGAAUUCUAGCUCAACUCCUAAGGUGCUCUUUAGGCAACACACUCAACUUCUCCGAGUCUGAGUUACAUCAAGAGUAAAAUCAGUUUUUAGCUGGAUGACUCUAAGGUUCCUUUCAGUUUUGAAAUGUUAUCUUGUGCAAGGCUAAGGAGACUGGAGAGAGGUUAGAAAUAAUUUUAACUCUACAUUUUAACACAGUAUACUUCAAAUAUCAUUUCAGUGUGUAAUCGAUACAAAAAUAUUAAACUUCGUAUACCAAA